CGAGCUCGACUUGGAUGCCAAAGAAGCCGAAGCAAUUCUUCUCGCCAAACUCCUCAACAUUUCUCCCCCUUCUCAAGACUCUAGAGACUGGGAAGCAAAGCAAUUCGAAAAUCCAUCACUGGCGUCGUUGUUCUGUACGCUGUCUGCUGCAAAGCUUCCUGAUCUCAAGCUCUACUAUUCAAUGGCUGUCACUCGACCUUUUUCUUCUUCUUCUCUGACUUGUGCCUCCGUCAUUGAAUCUCCUCCCCGGCGAAAAUCAGUGGCUCCGAGAAACCGCUCUUCGAAACCCAUCUCCCAAACGACUUCCCUUCCAAUACCCACGACUCCAACCACCAGUAGUUCCUUCUCCGGCGGACCGGCGCGCCAAUUUCCAUCGUCCCUCCCAAAAAGGUCCUUGUUCCCAUUGGAUUUGGCACUGAAGAAUUGGAAGCUGUGAUACUAACCGAUGUUUUGCGGCGAGCUGGUGCAGAGGUCACUGUUGCCUCAGUGGAACCACAGCUCGAGAUUGAGGCUGCAGCUGGUACUAAGCUAGUUGCUGACACCUCCAUUUGUGCUUGUUCUGCUGAAGUCUUUGAUCUCGUGGCUCUGCCGGUUAGUCCGUUGUUUUACUUCCAAUGAUGAACCUAGUUGUUUUGCUUCAACUUUCUGUUCAGUCUGUGGUUAGGGAGGAAUGCCGGGCUCGGCUAGGUUGAGAGAUUGCGAUGUUCUGCGCCAAAUUACGAGCAAGCAGGCUGAUGAGGAGAGGUUUAUUGGUGCCAUACUGCCAUAUGUGCAGCUCCAGCUGUCACACUUCUUCCAUGGGGCCUCCUCAGAAGGAAGCAGAUCACAUGCCACCCUGCAUUCAUGGACAAGCUCCCCACCUUCUGGGCUGUUAAAUCAGAUCUUCAAGUUUCACGACAAGUUACUACGAGCCGCGGGCCUGGAACAUCUUUUCAGUUUGCUUUAGCCUUUGUGGAUCAGCUGUUUGGGGAGACGGUUGCCAAGGAAGUUGCAGAGAUAUUGUUGAUGGAUACAAGUGAUGAUGACUGCAGAAAGGAAGAGUUGAACCCAACAGAGUGGUCUUUUGAACAUAAUGCUCGUGUGCUACUUCCAGUUGCGAAUGGCUCGGAAGAAAUUGAAGUAGUUACCAUUGUCGACAUUUUGAGGCGAGCCAAUGUGGAAGUUUUGGUUGCUUCAGUUGAAAAAUCUGUGCAAAUUUUGGGAUCACAAAGCACCAGAAUAGUUGCAGACAAGUUCAUAGGCGAUGCUGCUAGAUUUGACUAUGAUCUUAUAGUUCUCCCGGUUGGAAGGGCUGGAUCAGAUCGCCUUCAGAAAUCAAAGGUUCUAAAGAAGCUACUGCAGGAGCAAGAUGGAGGAAGAAUUUACGGAGCAGUUUGCUCCUCCCUAUCCGUUCUUCAUGAACUCUGUCUGCUAAAUUAUAAGAGAGCCACUGCACAUCCUAGAGUUGGUAACAAGUUAAUGAACGAGAUGGUGAAUGACGCCAAUGUUGUCAUUGAUGGUAGGCUGGUUACCUGCAAGGGUCUUUCUACUGUAAUGGAUUUUGCAUUAGCUAUAGUAACCAAGUUUUUUGGUCAUGGUAGAGCUAGAAGUGUUGCUGAAGGGCUUGUGUUGGAGUACCCUAGAACUUGAAGAGAGAGAGAGAGAGAGAGAG